CGCCGAGGAGCGAGGGGAGCGAGCAGAGCGGAGGGAGCGCGGCCUCGGCCCGGCGCGGAGGCUCCGCGGGCCGGCGACGGGGCAGUACACAGAGCCCAGGACCCGGGGUGCCGCGGAAGGAGGUGGCAGGGUGAGGGUCUGGAAGUGAGUGCAGGGGCCUCUGUGGCGUCCGUCAGAGGGAGUGGGCGUGCGGGCCCAGGUGUGGGGCCCUGGGCUGCUCUGGGACUCGGACCAGCACUGUCACGGCAGCCUGUGCCUAGGCUCCGAGAGGUGCAGGGGGCUGCACCGUCCAGAGAAGGUGGGGGGGGGGGGCGACCGCCGAGGGCGGGCUUCUUGAGAAGGCCCCAAGGGUGCAGGGGAGGGAGCGGCAGGGUCCUUCCCGGGAGCGGGGCCGUGCACCUGGCGGGAGAUGCGGCCGGGACGCGAGCCUCGGGAGGCAAAGGGAGCCCUGGCGGGAGCGGGUCUGGGAAUGAUCCCCACGGCCCGGGGAGGGUGGGCAGGUGUGUAGGGGGGACUGGGUCGGCCGAGGCAGGGGGAAGAGAUGCCAGGCACGGGUAGGGCAGCUGGUGCGAGAGGACGAUCCUCAGUCCUGGACCCGAAAACAGGCCGCGAGCGCGGGCGCCGCGCCCGGGAUGGGGCCUGGGCCUGGGCCUCCGCGGGCCUCCGCCGCUCCCUGAGCGCGCAGAGCUGAGGCCGCGGGCCCGCCUCCCCGCCCGGCGAGGCGCCCGGGGUGGGGGUGGGGAGAGGACGCCGGAGGGCCGGCGGCGCGGGCCCAGCAGGGACGAGCCGGCGGGGCCGGGCGCGCGCGCGGCGGGGAGAAACCACUUCCGUCCCCUUCCUUCCUGGCGGCGGCGGGAAGCCGGUCUCGGGUCUCAGGUGGGGCCGCAGCGCCGCCUGGAGGCCCCGGCCCCGCUCCCGCUCCCGGUCCCCCGCGCGCUUCGGCGCGUGCGUGCCACGGAGGCCCCGGGCGCCCGGCGCGCCCGCAGCGCCCCGCGCAGGAAGCUCGUCGCGGGGCCGGGGAGGGGGGGACGGGGGCUGCUCCCGCACUGCGCUCUCACGGUUCCCUCUGGUCUCCCCAGGUUCCGAGCUCGCCAGCCGGCAGCGGUGGCGCCCGCAGAGCGGCUGGACAGGCCCCGUCGCGCCAUGCCCGCGGGCUGAGCGCCGCCGCCGCAGGGCCUCGUCCCGCCUCGCGUGGGGGCCAGGCGCGCCCAGGCCGGGGCCCCGGCGGCCGACCAUGGUGCUGCCGCCCCCGGACCGGCGCCACGUGUGCCUGACCACGCUGGUGAUCAUGGGCAGCAUGGCGGUCAUGGACGCGUACCUGGUGGAGCAGAGCCAGGGCCCGCGCAAGAUCGGGGUGUGCAUCAUCGUGCUGGUGGGCGACGUGUGCUUCCUGCUGGUGCUGCGCUACGUGGCCGUGUGGGUGGGCGCCGAGGUGCGCACGGCCAAGCGCGGCUACGCCAUGAUCCUCUGGUUCCUCUACAUCUUCGUGCUGGAGAUCAAGCUCUACUUCAUCUUCCAGAACUACAAGGCGGCGCGGCGGGGCGCGGCCGACCCGGUGGCGCGCAAGGCGCUGACGCUGCUGCUGUCGGUGUGCGUGCCGGGCCUCUUCCUGCUGCUCGUGGCGCUCGACCGCAUGGAGUACGUGCGCACGUUCCGCAAGCGCGAGGACCUGCGCGGUCGCCUCUUCUGGGUGGCGCUGGACCUGCUGGACCUGCUGGACAUGCAGGCCAACCUGUGGGAGCCGCCGCGCACCGGGCUGCCGCUGUGGGCCGAGGGCCUCACCUUCUUCUACUGCUACAUGCUGCUGCUCGUGCUGCCCUGCGUGGCGCUCAGCGAGGUCAGCAUGCAGGGCGAGCACAUCGCGCCGCAGAAGAUGAUGCUCUACCCCGUGCUCAGCCUCGCCACCGUCAACGUGGUGGCCGUGCUGGCGCGGGCCGCCAACAUGGCGCUCUUCCGCGACAGCCGCGUCUCGGCCAUCUUCGUGGGCAAGAACGUGGUGGCGCUGGCCACCAAGGCCUGCACGUUCCUGGAGUACCGCCGCCAGGUGCGCGACUUCCCGCCGCCCGCGCUCGCGCUGGAGCUGCAGCCGCCGCCGCCGCAGCGCAACUCGGCGCCGCCGCCGCCGCCGCAGCCGCUGCACGGCCCGCCCGGCCGCCCCCACGGGCCCUCGCCCACGCGCGACGCCCUGGGCACGUGACGCGGCCCGCGCGGCCGGCCCGCGACGGGGUGGGGGCGCGCGCCCCACGGGGCCCGGGGGCCGCGGCCGCUUCUUCAUCUCAGGAAUCCCCCGGACCGCGGGCUCACAGCCCCGCAGCCCCGCUCCGCCAGCGCGUGGGCCGCUGUGUGCUGGGCCUGGGGGCGGGGGAAGAGAGGACAGAGCGGGCGGAGGUCCGGUCCCUUGGGGUCCCGUGGGUGGGGGCCUCUGGCUCAGAGUUUGGGGCCAGGGAGGCCUCUGUCAUUUUAAAGACUCGUGUUUACAGUUUUGUAUCCAAAGCCGCGGCCCGCGUGUUUCCUGAGUCCUGUUCCCGACGGCUGGACCC